GAGAUUCACUAAAAAAUGAAAACGGGUUCUGUCUUGAAGUGCUGCUUAUUGUCGUGUUAUUGACUCUAAAAGUUGUUAUAUACAGGUCGUGCAAAGGAUAUUGCAGUGGGAUAGCAAAUCAGUGGCAGAUAAAAAUGAGGCUUCUAAUACACCGCUUCAUUUGGCUGCUAAGGGUGGUCACACUGAAGUGGCGAAGACACUGCUGGAGGCUGGAGCCGAUUUGAUGACCAAAAAUAAUUUUGAGGAGACACCGCUGGAUAGUGCAAUUAAUAAAGGACAAAUUCUUAUCGUGAAAUUGCUUCUUGACAACGGAGCCUUAGUAGAGCCGCCUCCAACACUUCGAGCUACAACUCCGUUACAUCGGGCAGCUAGUGAAGAUCGGGCAGAAAUUAUAAACCUUUUAUUGUCCAAGAACGCCCAAAUUGACAGGUUGGACAGCGAUGGGAGAACAUGUCUUGAUAUUGCCAUUGACAAAGAGCAUCAGGAUUGUUGUAUGGCAAUACUGAGACAUGAAGAUUGGCUAGACGUGAUGCAUGCAUCUAAGCACAAUUUACUGACAACUGGUCAAACACCUAUGCGAUUACUCAUUCGAAGGCUUCCAAAAGUUGCUGAAUUUGUUUUCGACAAAUGCGUUAGAACAAAAAAUAAACCCGAUGAAGAGGAUUUUACAGUAUGGUGCAAUUAUGAGUUUCUUGAUGAUUCCUUAAUAAUUCCUAAGCCAUUACAGGAACGGAAGGACUCGUACGGUGCAAGAGCACGUAUGGAUAAGGACGAAAAAACGCAGUUGUUUCACGCUAAAUUGUAUACUACAGACCACGAAAAGAUUAUAUCUAAUCACCCGCUCAAAAUAAUGGUGGAAUGCCAACGAUUAAAUUUGCUCUCCCAUCCUCUUGUUGGUUAUCUUCUUCGACAUAAAUGGAACGCUGUUGGACGUUACAUGUAUUAUGCAGGUCUUUCCCUCUACCUAAUAUUUUUAUUACUACUAACAUUAUUCGUCACUUCACAACCAGCACCAUACAACAUCAAUGAAGUACAAAUUAUGAACAUCUCAUAUGAAGAACUUGUUGAAGACAAGGCUGCUUGUUUGUUGUUGGGCUUUCAAUUUUACCAACAUCACUCUAGUUAUUUCACCUCGGAAAAUAUCUUGGAGCUUAGCGUCUAUGCUAUGUCGAUCCUCGUGGUUGUUGACUUCAGCGAGUGCUCACGCAUCACUGGUCUUCGAAUGCACUGGCAGUGGAUUCUUGCUGGCCUUUGCGUAUUUUUUGGAUGGAUAAAUCUGCUGUUCAUGAUACGGAAACUGCCAAAAUUUGGCAUCUACGUAGUGAUGUUUAUCGAUGUUCUGAGAACAUUUGUACAGUUCUUCGUGGUAUUUGUGCUGUUCCUCGUUGCAUUUUCAAUGUUAUUCUACAUAUGGUUUCAGAAUAAGCCAGAAUAUAGAGGGGUAUCAUGGAGCCUAUUCAAAACUACUAUGAUGAUGAUUGGAGAAAUGGACUAUAUGACAAUGUUUUUUGACGGUGAUUCACCCGACAAACGCGUCUUUGCUAGUCCUUGGGCAAAUAUUGUUAUAUUUUUAUUCGUUAUCAUAAUGACAAUUUUGCUGAUGAAUUUGCUGGUUGGUCUUGCCGUCGAUGACAUUAAAGUGGUUCAAGAAAAGGCUGAACUUACGAGGCUAGCAAUGCAGGUUGAUUUGGUGCUCAGCGUUGAAAGAGCGAUGUACAAAACAUUUUUACCACAGUUAAUACGAUGGUCGUUAAUUAGAAAUCAGAAAAUUUGUCCAAAUGAAAUGAAUUGGUGGAGGUAUAUACGAAGAAAAUUCGGAGGAUACCGAGCCGAUCGCGCUAUUGCAACAGAUAUCUUAUCCGAAGAGCUUGACUUAUACACUGAAGUACAAAAGGGGAUUCACGAAACUCAACAGGAGCUUUUGACGAUGAAGAGCAAUAUUGAAGAACUGAGAUUCCAGCAAAGACAACAACUGUACAUAUUGAACAAUAUUAUGGAGAAGUUAGAUGUUGUUUUUGAAAGUCAACCAAAUGCUGUACCGACUGACACUUCUUAG